AUGUCGUCAAGCCCAGAUCACGGUGAUAUAGCCUCUGUAGCCGACAAAACUCCAAGUCAAAAAUCUACUACACAGUCAUACCUACCACUCUCGUUAGCUCCAAAGAAAGCCACCAAGAAAGGCAGGCCAUCUUUAGCUGAUCUGAGACUGAGAGAACGAGCGUUAUCAAUAGGCGAUAUUGGUGAGUUAUUGACGGGACGUAAAAGAACCAGAGAUACUCCAGGUUCCAACCAGAACCUAGACGACGACACAUACCCACAGAAAUAUUUAAAACGUAGCAGCUCUUCUCCUUCGCUAUCUCCAGUCGAGAAAGAAAUGUCUAACAACAACACAGAAUCACUCGAACAGUUGCCAGUGCCAGAAGCACCAAAUUUCGCCGAAAUUUCAAAUCAAGAUGCAUUUAAAUGGAUGGCGGAUCAAUUCGUAGCGUUGUUUAGAACCAAUCAAGCACAAUUCACGCACGUGAAGAAACUUAUUAAUAAUUCCUCCACCUCAGUGGUCACACAACUCCAAACUCUAGGAGACAAGUUCGUAGGCAUCGUUGAAGAAGUACAUAACUUGAAAAAACAACAAAUUGAAAUCAAUCAACGUCUUAAGGAGGUUGAAUCUGGUAAGUGCUGCUCCAAUCAAAAUUUUAAUAACGAAAAUUUAACGCUUAUCGCUUCCAGAAUUGAAGAACUUGAAAAAGUCACUGCCCCCAACUCUCUCAACCAAAUGAAAGGCGAAAUAAAAUGCCAACUAGAUAAGUUAACGAAGAUCAUUGAAACCCAAAAAAGCAUGGCCCGCAGACAGAACAUCAUAAUCAACGGCUUCGAGUCCACGAACACACCUGAAGAUAUAGCCAAUUUCUUGGCAAAUACUUUUAGCAUACCGAAAGAAGACUGUAAAAACAUAAAACAAAGUGGUAAAACAAAAGACUGUUUUGUCGUACAUUUUGAAAAGCCGGAGCACAAAGCUUUGAUUAUGCGUACUAAAAAAGUCAAAUUAAGUACGCUAAACAUCUUUAUCAGCAACGAUCUUACCCCAAUAGAAAGCCAGAAGGCCUUUGAAAUAAGGAAGAAAUUGAAAGAAGAAAAAGAAAAAGGCAACAAUCCAAAGGGGAAAAAAACUAACAAAGUACCCAGGAAACCCUGGGAGGAUACAAACCUACUCGCGAUAAAAGCUAGCUUAGUCAGACAUCAAAAGUACUGCAGGAAAACGAGCUUCACUCUAGUAAACCUAGAAAUACUCCGAAGUUUAAAAAAAGCACUUAAGAAAACCAGAAAACAGAAUAUUGAAAGGUAUUACCAAAACAUCAGAGAUACGCUUGCCCGCACUAACAAACCUGCCGACUUCUGCAGAGCAUUCGACUCGGUACCUCACCACCUCUUGUGGGCAAAACUGUUCAAAUUAGGAAUCAGCGGAAAAAUCAUCAGAACUGUUCAGGCCAUUUACGAAAAAGUUAACAUCCAGCUCAAGAUAAACGGAGAGAACUUCAAACCCUUUGACGUCACCGAAGGAGUGCUCCAGGGUGGUAAACUCAGCCCGACACUAUUCAUCUUGUAUAUAGAAGACCUAAUCGACUUCCUUGACUCCAAAGGUAUCCAAGGCAUUAAUAUUGGGCUAAAUUACCUACGGACGCUUCUCUUCGCAGAUGACGCGGUGUUCUUUGCAGGCUCUAUUAAAGAAGUCAAAAAAACCCUCUGCUGCCUAGAAGAAUACUUUGAGGCAAAUAAACUCAAAGUACACACUGAAAAAACACAAAUCCUGGUUUGCCGCUCGUCAGGAAGAAUCAGGAAAAAAGAAAAAGAUACGUUCCAAUACAACGAUCAACCUAUAAAAUCAGUUUCACAAUAUAACCACCUGGGAACUAUCAUAGACAGUGGGGUGAAGGGCAAAUUUGCAGCAAAUGAGGCAGCCAACAAAGCCAAAGUUGCAACAGGCACCGCACUCUCCAUUCUUGCAAAAGCAAAAGCUGAUUCCUGGCAAGCAAGAGUAAAGAUCUUCAACAGUCUGGUGGCUCCAACUAUGCUAUACGGGGCCGAAAUCUGGGGACUUGACUACUUGGAACUUAUAGACAAAACACAAACGGAUUAUUAUAAGAAAAUCCUUCAACUACCGCGCAAUACUCCUGGAUACAUGAUUCGCUUGGAGACGGGAAUCACACACCUUUCGAUAACAACGCUGAAGCAAACAUGGAGAUAG